CUUUCGAUCUGGGUCCCUGAGAGAAGCAGAGAAUGGCGCUGGUUCUCUGAAGCGAGGGCCUAGGAGAGAGCGGCGCCGGCCCUGGCUCUAACCCUGAGGCGGCUGCGCGGCCGACAUGGCCUGCUGUCACAACGUAAUGCUGCUGCUGGAUACCGCGGGAGGCGCCGCUGGUGAGAGCCCGGUCCGGCGGGUCGCCCUGCGCCUCCUCACCUACCUGAGUUGCCGGUUCGGCCUGGCCAGGGUCCGCUGGGCCUUCAGGUUCUUUGACUCUCAGGGUGCGCGGAGCCGGCCUUCCCGCGUGUCUGACUUCCGCGAGCUCGGGGUCCGCUCCUGGGAGGACUUUGAGGAGGAGCUGGAGGCCAGGCUCGGGGAUGGCGCCCACGGCGCCCACCUGCCGGGCCCGGCGCCCAGGGCCACCCACACGCACAGUGCCCUUAUGGAGACGCUGCUAGACUAUCAGUGGGACCGGCCCGAGAUCACAUCGCCCACGAAGCCGAUUCUGCGUAGCAGCGGGAGGAGACUGCUGGUCGUGGAGGGUGAGGCCAAGGAGGCCGAGUCUGCGCUCGGCGGCUUUGUGAACGCCGUCUUCCUCCUAGCCCCCUGUCCGCAUUCGCAGAGGGAGCUGCUGCAGUUCGUGUCCGGGUGCGAGGCCCAGGCCCAGCGCCUGCCGCCUACUCCUAAGCAGGUGAUGGACAAGUUGCUGCCCAAGAGAGUCCAGGAAGUCAUGAUAACCCGAAAAAUCACCUUGUACUGGGUGGAUACCACCGAGUGGCCUAAGUUGUGGGAAUCUCCAGACCACCUUGGGUACUGGACAGUAUGUGAACUGCUCCACCAUGUAGGAGGCACUGUCUUGCCAUUUGAAACUUUCAGCCAGGAUUUUACUAAAGCUGGGGAAACACUGCUUGGUAGUGAAAGAAAGCUGUCAAGGGAACCUCACCUCUCUUCAUGGAUUUCAACUCUGCCAACUGAUUCUACUUUAAACUGUUUGCUCUGUAAUUCUCCUGAGUAUGAAGCCUCAUUUCCACUGGUGGAAGGAACAUUAUUUUUCCCUGUUGAAGGCAAAGAGAUUCAAGAAACAUGGACAGUUACUCUAGAGCCCUUGGCCAUGCAUCAGAGACAUUUUCAGAAACCAGUCAGAAUUUUUCUAAAAGGCACAGUGACCCAGUGGUCCCUCCCAGCAAGCUGCACUUUGGGCACUGAUAGCUGGAUGCUACAAAGUCCAGAGGGUAACAAAUCAACUCAAAGGAUGUUAUUUCAGCAGUUGGUAAACAGGCUGACUGCUGAAGAGUUACAUCUGGUUACCAGUGUGGACCCUGGUGAAGGCUGGCCCCCCAUCACUGGAGUUAUUUCCCCCUUCUCUGCCAGUGCUACAAUUCUCACUGUGUUCCACACCAAGGAGACUGAAUUUCAAAGACAUUUUCUCCAAACAGUUGUGGCAGAGAGCCCCCAGGAUUUAGCUUCCCUUUUUUCUGAGGUUGUGGAUGGUGUAUUGAAUCAGAUUCACAAUUCACUUGAAGAUCCUGCUACCUCAGCUCCGCCUACUCCAGAAUGGGCCCAGCAGGAGCUUGGCCGCACAGCUCCCUGGAAUUCCGCUGUUGUGGAGAAGUGGUUUCCCUGCUCUAACUUUAGUGGUGCCAGUUCAAAUUUGAUGGAGUCAUUUUGGUUACUACAGGCUGCUUCAUCUAAUAAGGAAGAGCCUUCCAAAACUGAAAGUGAAUUGACACGUUGCCUCUCUGAGCUCUACCAGAGAAAGUCUCGUGAAGAAUACACUGUGUCCAAUCAGGAAGACAGCAAAAAGAAGCGAGGUGUCCCUCGUACUCCAGUGAGGCAGAAGAUGAAUACCAUGUGCCGUUCCUUGAAGAUGCUGAAUGUUGCAAGACUGAAUGUAAAGGCUCAGAAGUUACAUCCAGAUGGCAGUCCAGACACAGCUGGGGAGAAAGGGAUCCAAAAGAUAGCCAAUGGAAGAACAGCAGAUAAAUUGGAAAACAAAGGAAGGACACUGAGAAGUUCUAAACCUAAAGAUUUUAAAACUGAGGAGGAGCUACUAUCUUACAUACAUGAAAAUUACCAAAAGACUGUGGCCACAGGAGAAAUCGUGUUGUAUUCAUGUGCUCGGAACAUGAUCUCAAACAUUAAAGCAUUCCUAAAGUCCAGAGGCACCAAGGAAUUAGAAAUGAACUGCCUACAUCAAGUAAGAAACAACCUCUUGAAAACUAGCAAAAGUCUUCGACAGAAUGUAGGAAAACUGGAUAAAGAAGAUAAAGUCAGAGAGUGCCAGCUCCAGGUAUUUCUUCAUUUGGAGAUGUGUCGGCAGUGCCCUUCAGUAUAUGAACGUAUAGAUGAAAUGGAGCAAGUAGUGGAGGAGGUGACAGAUAUGCUGCGCAUGGUGUAUUUAACUGAAGAUUCGGCAUACCUAGCAAAGUUUCUGGAAGAAAUUUUGGAAUUGUAUAUUGAUUCAGUCCCAAAGAUACUUGGAAAUCUUUACGACAGCCUAGGAUUUCUGAUUCCUCAGAAGCUGGCUCGUGUCCUUCCUACAGAUUUUUUCGGUGAUGACUCCAUGACACAAGAGAGCAAAUCACCCCUUUCUGUGCCUCUUAUGUCAAAUGCUCAUAGGUCAGUGUCGGGUGGCACUGAAUCUGACCAACUGGAGGAGCUUCGUACCAGAUCAGCUAAGAAGAGAAGGAAAAAUGCAAUAAGACAUAAAAGCAUUGCAGAGGUUUCACAAAAUCUGCGACAAAUUGAAAUUCCCAAGGUAUCCAAGAGAACUACGAAAAAUGAGAAUUCUCACCCUACUCUUCAGCAGCCUCCACUCCCAGUGAAAGACACGGUACAAGAAGUGACCAAAGUUCGAAGAAAUCUCUUCAACCAGAAAAUAAUUUCUCCUUCAAAGAGAUCUGUAAAGCGGGGGUUGCCUAGAAGCCAUUCUGUGUCAGCUGUGGAAGGUCUAGAGUAUAAACUUGACAACUUCAAGAGGACCAAAGGUUAUCGCAAGCUGCUAACCAAGAGUGUGGCCGAGACUCCAGUACAUAAGCAAAUCUCCAGAAGGCUGCUUCAUAGACAGAUCAAGGGCAGGUCCUCUGAUCCUGGUCCUGAAAUUGACGUUGUUGAAGAGUCCCCGGAAAAAGGAGAAGAUGUUCUUACAGAAGUAAGUUUGAGACGAAGUCCUCGAAUCAAGCAGUUGGCAUUCAGCAGGAAAAAUUCUGGUUCCUUCUACUCUGUGUCUCAGCCAAAGUCUCGAAGUAUACAAAGAGUUCACUCAUUCCAGCAAGUCAAGUCAGACCAAAGAGAAAAUUCUCCAAUCCAAAGUAUUCGGUCUCCCAAGAGGCUUCUUUUCGGGGCAGUGUCUGAGAUGAUCAGUCCCUCCGAGAAGGGUUCAGCUCGAAUUAAAAGGCCUUCAGGAAACACACUGGGUUCUGAAAUACCUAUAGCUUAUCAGACUCCUGAGAAGAGUUACUGGAAAUCUCCAAUCUCUUCUAAAGCUACACCAAGAAAGUUCCCUCAUACACCACGAACUCCAUUGCGCACUCCUGAAAGGCUGCAAAAAUCCCCUGCAGAAAUGACCCCUGCCAAACAGGUCAUUUUUAAGGAGUUCUUAAAAGACUCCUCACACGGCUGGCAUUCACCAUCUCGACCAAAAGCCACUCCUCAGAAAGGACACUCCCUGGCAGAAGGUCACUCUCCUCUUGAAGAAAUACCGAGAACUCCCCAGAGACAAGGUGGUCAGCCACCUAGAUUUUUGCAGAAUUCUACUUGGCCACAUUUGGUGAAUUCCAGUCCAGAAAGCACCUCCUGUCCGGCAGCCCUGGUUUCGUCAACUGCCCAGACCAGGAGUGAGUGUCUGACUCCCAUCAGAUACUCUCCUCGAAUGCCUCUGAGGGCAGCAGCCUCGGGGGUCCGAAGACGAGCUGCCUUUGUGGGCACACCUCCAAGUCAGAAACGCCAGCUCCCCCGUGGCUCCGGAGCGUCUCAGGCAGAGAAGCUGGCACAGCCGUGGAAUGAUGCUGUCGGAACCCCAGAGAAACCAGGGAACACAGCUGUGACUUCUCCAAAGAAACCUGUUACCUCUCCUUCACGUGGUAUUUCCGAGGAGACUCCGCUUGGGGGUUUUUCUAUAGAAUCUCCUCCCUCUGGAGAACUGGAUUGGCAGGAGGCCCAGAAAUCACCCAGUGUAGCCACAUCUCCCUCCUGUCCUGCUCCCUCGACUCCCCACAGAGCCUCACAGAUAGCUAGAUCUGACCUCCUACCCCCUCCACCGCCUUCUAAAACUGGGAAAAGGCAUCAAAAGACCUCUAAAACAGAAAGAAACUUCCCGGAGGGCCAGCCUAACAGCUCUGCUGUUCUGAGGGUUGCCAUAACUGACAACCCAGCUGCCAUCACAGAUGCUAGAAAGAACCAGAAGGAAGCGACCCUCUCUCCUCCGUCUCCUCCUGAAACACAUAGUUACCCUGGGACUAGCUUUGGGAGUCACUGGCAUACAUCCUCUCCUUUGCUUAUUGCAAGAGACUCGGAGUAUCUCACUCUCCUGGAUGAAGCUGCUGAGCACCAUAGCAGCGAUAACUUAAAAAGCAACGUUUCACUGGUGGAAGAAGGUGAGGGGUCAAGGAUGGGUACUUAUGAGAAGCCGUCUCUGUGUAACCCCGGGAUCCCUCCCUCUUCUCCUUCCUCUGGGCCCAGCUCUCCCCUGACACCCUGCUAUGACCUGCACUGCACUGCAGACAGGAAGCAGUGCCAGGCUGCCGCACAACUAGAGAAUCUGCAGGCGUCAGCCUGGCCCUCCAGAGCCUCUGCCAGCCCACAGACCUAUGAGGUUGAGCUGGAGAUGCAAGCUUCUGGCCUUCCCAAGCUUCGAAUUAAAAAGAUAGACCCCAGCUGUCUGUCAGAAGCCGAGCCCCUGCGAAGGGAGGAGAGCUCUCUGGGAGAGGAGAGCUGCCUCCCUGGUCUCAGCGUGCCCAGGGCCAACAAGUCCUCAGGCAAACCCGAAGCCACCUACCUGUCGCCCCCCUGCCUUCGCCCCUCGCACGGCACCCCUGGCAAGAGCGGGGGACAGACCUAUAUCUGCCAGUCCUGUACUCCCACCCGCUGCCCCUCUAGUACCCCCUCUCCAUUUCAGACAGAAGUCGGGGUUCCUUGGACACCAUCCCCCAAGCACAGUGGGAAAACAACUCCUGACACAAUUAAAGACUGGCCCCGCCGGAAGAGGGCAGUGGACUGCGGCCUCAGCGCCUCUGCUGGGAGGAGCGAGGUCGGUACAGACCUUCCUGGGGGAGUGUCGCUGCUGGAGCCGGAGGGGAAGGAGCGAGGCCUUGAACUCAGCAUCGCCAAGACCCCCGUCUUGGGGGACUUUGAGCUCGAGGGGGUGUGUCAGCUGCCAGACCAGUCACCUCCCAGGGACAGUGAGCCUAAGGCUGAGGGAGCCUUCUCCUGGGGACAGUUUGGGUUGGGAUCUCGGAAGAGACUCCUUUCUGCCAAGGAGGAGGCUGAGUGUCAAACCAAAAGAGUCUGUGACAAGCAGAGAGGAGACUCCCAAGUCGGUAAGAGUGACGACAGGUCUCCAGGCCUGGGUGUGCGACAGCUCCCCUCCACGGCAGGCGACGAGGUGUUUGUUUCUGGUGCCACCCCGCCUCCCGGCUGUGCCGUGCGGAGCUGCCUCUCUGCCAGCGGUCUGCAGGCGCUGACCCACUCUCCGCUGCUGUUCCACGGGAAGGCACCCUCCUCUCAGUGUAAAGACACCAGAGAUGAGGAUGUGGAGGUAUUUUCCCCCACGGCAGAAGACUCUCCUUUCAGCCGAGCAUUCUCCAGGAGACGUCCCAUCAGCAGAACUUACACACGGAAGAAGCUGAUUAGCUAGUUAGGAUGGAACUGGUUGGGGGACUUAUAACUACAAACAAACACUACUGAGCCUGCCCAGAGCUACCACACUUCUUAACAGAAGUGAUCUGACAGCAGUUUUCUCUGGACGUACAAGGAAUUCCAGACAUGUACCAUAAAAGAAUUCUUAGUAAUGUACCCAGAAACUCGGUUCAUUUGAGCCAGGGCUCUACUGGUCUGUUCAUCAUGUGUAACCCUCAGUUUGCUGCACAGAAACAGGAAUAACCAAGGCUUAAUGGAACUGAGGAAAUAAUUUAAAACAUGAAGGUGAGGUCAGCCAGGUCCCCAUGGGCAUAAAGAAACUGGGGCCUGGUCCCAAGCCUCCGUUACCAUGAUCAGCUUUCAGAUUCCCACGUGAAUGCCUUCAACUUUUCAGAUCCCCUGUGUGGAGUCUGUCCACCUCCAAGCCCAGCCCUAACCCACGAUGCCUGCCCUGCCUUAGUAAGGUGGUAUAGCUGGUGGUGUAACUCAGAGGCAGCCUGGGAGUCAGCAACCAGACAAGGAACUGUUAAGAUCAGGAUCCCAUUCCACGCCACCCCAACCGUGACCAUGGCAAGUUCAGACCACUCUGCUUCACUUAUGAAAUGGGAGAAGGACCCCUACAUUGGUCCCUCACAGAGCUGCUAUAGGCCAGGACCCCAAGACAGAGGCAGUGCCUGGAGAUGGAAGCAGCAUACACCAAACAAACAGAAGACUGUGGCAUGGGGGCAGAAUAAAUGUUUUGCAUUCCCUGUGUAACAAUAAAAUCAUC